UAGCUUUCCCCCUAUUUUUAUUUUCUUCAUUUUAUUGCUUUCCCCCAUUUUUCAAUAUUGUUGUAAUGAAUCUUCCCUAUUUACUGUCUCCACCUUGUUACCUCUGUCUCUGUUCCUCCCCCCCGUCUUCUUCCCUCCUUUCCUCUAUUCCUCUAUUAGACUACUAUUCAUCUAUAUAUAAAACAAAACCAAACCCCACCCUUCUUUCACAUCAAUUGAAUGCAAUGCAAGAAACUAGGUUGGAUUAUUUGAGUAAUAGCCACUUCGUUGUCAACCAGCAUUGUGGCUUUGAUCUUAAGGCAAGCACUCAAAUAUGAACAGUGGAAAAAAAGUAAUAUAAUUUCAUAAAUUAAAGAAAAUGAUGAACAGCUCAGGGGGUUUUGUCUAAUCGCUAAAAGUUCAGGGGUCUUUUAUCACUGUCUCUAUAUUAAAGGGGUUAUUUAUAACUGACUCUAUCGUAUCAAUCUCCUUCCUACACAAUCUCUCUCUCUCGCUCGCUCGCUAAACCUGCCAUAUAUUGGGUCCCAAGGCCGCAAGGCGUAGGUGUGAUAUGACAAGAAGCCGCUCUGAAAUCCGAUUUGACACAGUUGAAAAGAUCGAUCGAGUUCACUGCCCAAAGCCGAAGGAUUCAAAAGGAUGUUCCAAGAAGCUCUCGAUUCUCAGAAUUCACAACUCACAUCCAACUUCGACAAAGAACUUGGGCUGCCUGCUGUGUUGAGUUGGCAGCGACGUCAAAGCCUUGUGUGAAAGAAAGCUAGUAUUUGCUGCUUCCUGCUUGUAAAAGUUUGGGUUAAAAUUAAUGAAGGACGAAGAGGGAAUCUUAAGAUCAUUCAGGAAAGAAAUACCAGCUCAUUACACGCUUAAGAUCAAGUCAUUUUCUUCACUUGCAAAGUCCAUGGAGAAAUAUGUUUCUGGAGAUUUUGAGGCUGGAGGUUAUAAAUGGAAACUGGUUUUAUACCCAAAUGGGAACAAGAAUAGAAAUGGAAACGACCACAUCUCUCUCUACUUGGCAAUAUCAGAGGCAAAUUCUCUCCCUCCUGGUUGGAAGGUUAAUGUCUUACUCAGGUUGUUUAUCUUUGACCAGUUACAGGACAGAUACUUGACUUUACAAGAUGGUAAUGGGAUGGCAAACCGAUUUCAUUCAAUGAUGACUGAGUGGGGUUUUGCUCGAUUUAUCUGCCUUGAUGUUUUCAAUGACCCUGCUAAUGGAUACCUAAUUGAUGACACUUGCUAUUUUGGAGCUGAAAUCUAUGUCAGUAGGGAGAGCAAUGCAGGAAAAGGGGAGUGUUUUUCAAUGAUGGGCCCACUGGCUUUUAACCAUGUUUGGAGGAUAGAGAAGUUUCCUGAGUUAGUUGAGGAAAUUUGUAACUCAGAAGUGUUUACUAUGGGUGGUCAUAAAUGGAAAAUGACAUUCUAUCCAAAAGGUUCAAAAGAGGGAAAAGGCAACUAUCUUUCUUUGUAUUUGGUAUUGGCCGAUUUGUCAACCCUUCUUCCAGGAAGAAAAGUGUAUGUUGAGUUCACCAUGCGAGUAAAGGACCAAAUCCAUGGCAAACACAUGGAAUGUAAAGGUAAUCAAUGGUUUGGUGAAGGGAGCAUGUCUUGGGGCUGGGCCAAAUUCAUACAACUCAGUAAUCUGAUGGACGGAUCAAAGGGCUUCCUGGUGGAUGAUCUCUGCGCCAUUGAAGCACAACUGGAUUCCCUUGGAGUAGCAAAUAAAUUGUUUGAGAAGUAAAAUGGGAUUCUUCCUCGCUUUCUUUUGGUGACAAAUCUCACUUAAUCAGAACUCUUUUUUGGUUAUCUUUGCUGAAGAGUGAAGUCUUCAUUUGGAGUAUGAAAUUUGUACAGUGGCAAGUAGUCUUUUGUUUUUGACGCCUUAAUGGGACAAGUAAAAUAUGUACAAGACUAUGGGGAGUUCCUAUCAGUAAAAAGGUUUUAAUCAUUAAAGUGCAUAGGUCUCUGCA